CCUCCUCGCCGAGCGCGGCGCCGCGAGCAUGGAGCCCGCCUGAGACGCGCUGCGAGCGGCUGCUGCGGCGGCACAACAUGGAGGCGCCGCCGCUGGCGCUGCUGCUGCUGCGGCUGCUGGCCGCCUCGCUGCUGCGCUGCGGGCCGGGCGCGGCCGCGGCAUCUCCCUUUCUGCUUUUUGCCAACCGACGGGAUGUUCGACUUGUGGAUGCUGGAGGCACGAAGCUGGAAUCCACUGUGGUGGUCAGUGGUUUAGAGGAUGCUGCUGCGGUUGACUUCCAGUAUUCACAAGGCAUCGUUUUUUGGACAGAUGUGAGUGAAGAAGCCAUCAAGCAAACUUACAUUAACCAAACUGGGAAUGUGGUGCAGAAUGUCAUCAUUUCUGGUCUGGUUUCCCCGGAUGGCCUGGCAUGUGAUUGGAUUGGGAAAAAACUUUACUGGACGGAUUCAGAAACCAAUAGGAUAGAAGUAGCUAAUCUCAAUGGAACAUCUAGAAAAGUCCUCUUCUGGCAAGACCUUGAUCAGCCCAGGGCAAUAGCUUUGGAUCCUGCUCAUGGAUACAUGUAUUGGACUGAUUGGGGUGAGACACCCAGAAUAGAACGGGCAGGAAUGGACAGCAGCACACGAAAAAUAAUUGUUGAUUCAGAUAUUUAUUGGCCAAAUGGACUUACGAUAGAUCUUGAUGAGCAGAAGCUUUACUGGGCUGAUGCAAAACUGAGUUUCAUUCAUAGAGCAAAUCUGGAUGGUUCCUUUAGGCAAAAAGUUGUUGAAGGUAGUCUUACUCAUCCGUUUGCACUGACAUUGUCUGGGGACACUUUGUAUUGGACGGACUGGCAAACACGCUCCAUUCAUGCCUGUAACAAAAGGACGGGAGAGAAAAGGAGAGAAAUAUUGUCUGCCCUAUAUUCUCCAAUGGACAUCCAGGUCUUUAGUCCAGACCGGCAGCCAUACUAUCACACUCCAUGUGAAGAAAACAAUGGUGGUUGCUCCCAUCUAUGCUUGCUCUCUCCAAGAGACCCUUUCUACAGCUGUGCAUGUCCCACUGGUGUGCAGUUAGAAGAUGAUGGCAGGACAUGCAAAUCAGGAGCUGAAGAAGUCUUGCUGCUUGCUAGAAGGACUGACUUGAGGAGGAUUUCCCUGGACAUGCCAGAUUUCACUGACAUUAUUCUGCAGAUAGACAAUAUUAGACACGCAAUUGCCAUAGACUAUGAUCCUGUGGAAGGCUACAUAUAUUGGACUGAUGAUGAUGUUCGGGCAAUUCGUCGGGCCUACUUUGAUGGCUCUGGAGCACAGACUCUGGUAACCACAGAAAUCAACCAUCCAGAUGGCAUUGCUGUGGAUUGGGUGGCAAGGAAUCUGUACUGGACUGAUACUGGAACAGAUCGCAUUGAAGUGACCCGGUUGAAUGGGACCUCAAGAAAGAUCCUUGUCUCUGAAAACCUAGAUGAACCUCGAGCAAUAGUGCUCAAUCCUGUAAUGGGCUACAUGUAUUGGACGGACUGGGGUGAAAGUCCAAAGAUCGAAUGUGCUUAUUUGGAUGGCUCAGAAAGGCGGGUUCUAGUGAAUACGUCCCUAGGUUGGCCUAAUGGCUUGGCACUGGAUAUUGAAAAAGACAAGCUUUACUGGGGAGAUGCAAAAACAGAUAAAAUUGAGGUCAUAAAUGUUGAUGGAACAAUGAGGAAAACCCUCCUAGAAGAUAAGCUUCCACAUAUAUUUGGGUUCACACUGCUGGGAGAUUACAUCUACUGGACUGACUGGCAGAGACGAAGCAUUGAAAGAGUUCACAAGAUAAAGGCUAGCAGAGACAUCAUUAUUGAUCAGCUACCAGAUUUAAUGGGCCUUAAAGCAACAAGUGUUACAAAAGUGUUUGGAACUAAUUCAUGUGCAGAAAACAACGGAGGCUGCAGCCAUCUAUGUUUCUUUACACCUCAGGAGAUCAAAUGUGCCUGUCCCAUUGGCCUUGAGCUGUUGAGUGACAUGAAGACUUGCAUCAUUCCUGAAGCCUUCUUAGUUUUCACAAGCAGAGCAGCAAUUCAUAGGAUUUCCCUUGAAACCAAUAAUAAUGAUGUUGCUAUUCCUCUUACUGGAGUCAAGGAAGCAUCUGCUCUGGAUUUUGAUGUCUCUGAUAACAGAAUCUAUUGGACUGAUGUUAGUUUGAAGACCAUAAGCCGAGCUUUCAUGAAUGGCAGCUCUGUUGAACAUGUGGUUGAGUUUGGGCUAGAUUAUCCUGAGGGAAUGGCUGUAGACUGGAUGGGAAAGAACCUCUACUGGGCAGAUACUGGAACAAAUCGCAUUGAAGUAGCCCGCCUGGAUGGACAGUAUAGGCAGGUCCUUGUAUGGAAGGACUUGGACAACCCAAGGUCUCUGGCUCUUGAUCCUACCAAAGGAUACAUGUACUGGACUGAAUGGGGAGGUAAACCUAGGAUUGUUCGAGCAUAUAUGGAUGGAACAAACAGCAUCACUUUAGUGGAUAAAGUGGGUCGUGCCAAUGACCUCACUAUCGAUUAUGCAGACCAAAGGCUGUAUUGGACUGACCUAGACACAAGCAUGAUUGAAUCAUCAAAUAUGCUAGGGCAAGAACGAGAAAUCAUAGCAGAUGAUCUACCUCAUCCGUUCGGAUUAACCCAAUACAGUGACUACAUCUACUGGACAGACUGGAAUCUUCACAGCAUAGAAAGAGCAGACAAAACCAGUGGAAAGAACAGGACACUUAUUCAGGGCCAUCUGGAUUUUGUGAUGGAUAUAUUAGUCUUCCACUCUUCACGUCAGGAUGGCUUGAAUGAUUGUGUGCAAAAUAAUGGCCACUGUGGUCACUUGUGCCUCGCCAUACCAAAUGGAUUUAGGUGUGGCUGUGCUGCUCAUUACGCCUUGGAUCCCAACAGCGGGAACUGUAGUUCCCCUGCCAGCUUCCUGUUGUUCAGCCAGAAAUCCGCAAUCAGCCGGAUGGUACCAGAUGAUCAGCAAAGCCCAGAUAUCAUCCUGCCUAUGCAUGGUCUAAGGAAUGUCAAGGCUAUUGAUUAUGAUCCCUUAGAUAAAUUAAUCUACUGGGUGGAUGGACGUCAGAAUAUAAUAAAGAGAGCCAAAGAUGAUGGCACCCAGCCUUUCACUGUCAUGGGUACUCCAAACCAAAGCCAGAACCCAGAGAAGCAGCCACAUGACCUCAGCAUUGAUAUAUACAGCCAUACCUUGUACUGGACCUGUGAGGCCACAAAUUCAGUCAAUGUCCACAGGCUGAACGGCGAGUCAAUUGGAAUGGUGCUGCGAGGGGAUCACGACAAGCCCAGAGCCAUUGUAGUGAACGCAGAGCGAGGGUACAUGUACUUCACCAACAUGCAAGAGCGAGCUCCUAAGAUUGAGCGUGCAGCACUUGAUGGCACAGAGAGAGAAGUGCUUUUUACAACUGGGUUGAUCCGACCAGUAGCACUGGUGAUUGACAACAAACUUGGAAAGCUUUUCUGGGUGGAUGCAGAUCUGAAGCGCAUUGAAAGCUGUGACUUGUCAGGUGCUAACCGCGUGACUCUGGAGGACUCCAACAUCCUUCAGCCCAUGGGACUCACUGUGCUGGGGAAUCACUUGUAUUGGAUUGAUCGUCAGCAGCAGAUGAUUGAGAGAGUUGAGAAAAUGAACGGGUACAAAAGGACUAGAAUUCAGGGCCGAAUUGCUCACCUAACAGGCAUUCAUGCGGUAGAAGAGCUUGAUAUGGAGGAAUUCUCUGUGCAUCCAUGCUCCCGUGACAAUGGUGGGUGUUCACACAUCUGCAUUGCCAAAGGGGAUGGCACUCCGAGAUGUUCAUGCCCUGAGCACCUUGUGCUUCUACAGAAUCUCUUAACAUGUGGAGAACCUCCAACUUGUUCCCCAGACCAGUUUACCUGUGCAACUGGAGAGAUUGACUGUAUCCCAAUGGCGUGGCGGUGUGAUGGAUUUCCGGAGUGUGAUGACCAAAGUGAUGAAGAUAAUUGCCCCAUAUGCUCUGCAUCCCAGUUCCAGUGUGAGAAAGGACAGUGUAUCGAUGCACACUUGCGGUGUAAUGGAGAAAUUGACUGCCAAGAUAAGUCUGAUGAAGCGGAUUGUGAUGCACUUUGUCUACCCAAUCAGUUCCGGUGUGCAAGCGGCCAGUGCAUCCUCGUGAAGCAACAGUGUGACUCCUUUCCAGAUUGCAUUGAUGGUUCUGAUGAGCUUAUGUGUGAAAAAUCAAAGCCAGCUUCAGAUGAGUCACAGCCACACAGUAGUGCCAUCGGUCCUGUCAUCGGUAUAAUACUGUCACUUUUUGUCAUGGGAGGAAUGUACUUUGUUUGCCAGCGAGUGGUGUGUCAGCGCUAUACUGGGCCCAAUAGUCCUUUUCCACAUGAGUAUGUCAGUGGCACCCCUCACGUCCCUCUUAAUUUUAUUGCUCCAGGAAGUUCUCAGCAUGGCACUUUUACUGGCAUCUCUUGUGGAAAGUCCAUGAUUAGCUCUAUGAGUCUCGUGGGAGGAAGCAGUGGUGCCCCCUUAUAUGACAGAAACCAUGUUACGGGGGCCUCCUCAAGUAGCUCAUCCAGCACUAAAGCCACUUUCUACCCACAGAUUUUGAACCCACCGCCUUCCCCAGCUACCGAUCGCUCCCUGUAUAAUGCAGAGAUGUUUAUUCCUCAAACCAUUCCUUCAACCACAAGAUCUUACAGGCCAUACCUUAUCCGUGGGAUAGCUCCACCCACAACCCCAUGCAGCACAGAUGUUUGUGACAGUGACUAUACUACUAGUCGAUGGAAGGCAAACAAAUACUAUAUAGAUUUAAAUUCAGACUCAGACCCUUAUCCCCCUCCACCCACACCUCGCAGUCAGUACAUGUCGGCGGAAGAAAGUUGCCCUCCAUCUCCUGCCACGGAACGAAGCUAUUUUCACCUCUAUCCCCCUCCACCCUCUCCUUGUACAGACUCCUCAUGACCUCAACAGAAGGAACUUUUCCUGUAAAUAUUUUAAAAUAUGAACAGAUUUAAAAUAUAUUAUUUUAUGAUUUAAAAAUAAAUCGGGGUGGGAAUUAAGAAAAAAAGAAAUGUGAAUAAUAAUGGGUGGGACAGGGUGGGGCUGUGAAAAUUGUACAGAGGAAGACUAUUUAUAAAAUUAAUUUUUUUAACUUAAUUUUCAUUCUUUUGUGCCAUAUUUGCCUUUUCAGGUCAUAAAAAUGACUUGAUCUCCAAAGGAUUUGGGGAGGGAAUGUUUAGCCUUUUUUAUGUCACCUUUUUACAUGCAAGGUGUGUGUAUUCUUUUUUAUUAAUGCGAGAUAAGAAAGCGAGAGCAGCUCAUGGGAGGAAGAAUCUAAAGAAAGAUGUAAGUUUAUUACCAGAGAAGAAAGACACAUUUAAAUAGAAUUGUCAGUAUCUUAUCCCUUCACCACCCCUAGGAGAAAACAUGCAAAGAUCACAACCCUUAGAUACUCCUGUUUGCAAGGUAGCUGAAUGCUUUCCAGCAGAAUGUGGAAUGCAUGUCCAUAUGCCCCACUUCAUGUCAAUGCCACUCUGCACAUGGCCAAUUUGGGAACUGCUUCAAGCUAAAAAAGAUAACAGUCUUCUGGUUAGCAGAAGCAGUUGUGUGGACCAGUGGGUGAGAGCAAAGGGCAAGUUUAAAGUGCUAUUUAGCUAAGAAAAAUGCUUGACAAACUCUCGAUCUGGUCAGACUCACCAUUUUAAGCGUGAUGAAACCAAGCUCCUUCACCCAUCCUGGUGAGGCUUUGGUGACUCAUAAGCAAGAGGCGUAAUAGUCAGCUGCUUCUCAAAAUACAGUGCUAGUUUUCUUUUACCCAGAUGUCCAGUAAUUCACUGUAACAAGUCUCCGGAGAUGUUCACCUGUGUAAGCUCAACCAGAGAAUUGCUUCAUCUCUAAUGUUCAUUUUCCAAAGUAGAAUGAUAUGGUCACUUGCAUUCAUUUAAAUGUGGAAAGGUGCCUGAGUUUUAGGAAAUGGUAUCUGUGUAGCUCAAAACAAAAACAUCUGCCAUACAAACAGAUCUUAUAAAUCUUUGCCACAAAACUAGUUCAGGUUGAGAAACAAACGAAAAAGCAUGGAGGAGAAAGGACAGGAGGCAGGUACUUCUAAUUGUGUUGAAAUAAAAAAAGAUAAACUACCUUAAAACCUGCUGUAAUCUAAGGACAUAGUGAUCAACAAAGUGCUCAUAUUACCAUAUUACCAUAUGUGAGGGAGACAUCUAAGGGAAGUUCUGAAUAUGCAGACUCACAUCUUUUUUUGCAGCUGCUGAAUAACAGAUAUGGUGGGCCUUUGACAGCCUUAAUAUUGUUGGCAACAAUGAAAACAUUUUUCUUGUUAGACUUAAAAUUUUACUUGGGUUUGGGUCUUUUUAGCAAGUUAUUUGAGUGCGCAUCAGAGGAACCAUACCAUUGUGGUGGUGGAGGGGCUGACACCACGGUGUUCUAAUCUAGUAUAUGUUUUCAGAUUUAUUAGUCCAGAUCUGUUCUUCUUAUCUUUGUACAAGGAUAGGAUUUGUGCUCUCACGGGUGAGUUACUAAAACUCAUAGAGAAGCUUUUACUAUCUUCAAGUCUAAAUUUUCUGUUGAGAGAUUGAGCACAAAGAAGUUGCCCACCAUUUUUCAUGGAGAAAAGUACAGAAUUGGAGAAUACAGCAUUGGAGUUUAAGACUGUUUUCUUUCCCCAUCCCCUAUCAACAUUAGUAAUUCUGUACUAUGCCAAGAGGGCAAGGUAAUACUUUUGUGUUAAUGAUUUGGUGAAACAAAGCAAUUCUUAUGUGAUAAUGUUUUAGUGGACUAAAUUGGGAAUACAGAUCCAUAUUUUAUGUACCACAUCGAUCCUAUGAAGGAGUACUUGUUCUGCAUUACAGCAGUCAGUAUUCCAGUUUCAUAUCAUAUGUAAUUUUGUGCAUGAUAACUAUUCACUAUGAAUUCAUUACUUCAGUUGUUUCAUGUUACAGUUCUAGCUUAGAGACAUACUACAUAAAUUUUUCUGUGUUCCUGUAAUAACACUGGAUGCAAAAGUACAUUUUUUUUUUCUUAAACCACUGAUCUUUUCAGAGAGCCACAACUGUAACGGUCCUAACCACUUUAUCUCAAGACUUGUAUCCUAUUAUAAAGUUUGGCAACGAGUCCAAGAAAAUCAGCAUUCUUGCUGAGAGCUAAACAGUCUUAAGAGUUAAAUUCUUUUGGAGCUUAGGUAUUCAGAAGGAAGGAAGCAUUUGCUGAGCGAGGUGACUUAAACAUACAUUUGAUUUCAGUUGGACAUUCAUAGCCUUUGCUGCUGACAUUGCCUAAGAAAUUGCCUCCUCUGAGGCACUCGAAUCUAAGCCCCACACUACUCCAUAAUAUUUACUUUAAAAGCCUUUUCUAAAAAGAAUUUGUACACAAAUUUAGCAUCUUAACAUUUAGAUACUAAUUUUUUUUUUAUUGCUGUAGACUGUAUACUUUAAGAAGAUUACUGCAGUCCUGGUGUUAGAAAGAUCAGAAAAAUGUGAGUGACGGGAGCUACUUCUCUCUGGAAACAUCCUCACUGUCCUCUUAGUGGCUUCCAAUCCUGUGAAACUUUCACAUUAUAACAUGGAAAACAGGUGCUAUUCUCUUCUAGAUCAAGUUGAGAGAAAGAGUUGCAGGGAGUUAGUGAAUGCAUAUGACAAGUUGUGGCAGUUCAGGGCUGAAGAGGAAAUAAGUGGGGAAAAGUUGUAUUUUGGUGAGGUUUAAGCAGAGUUUUAAUAGUGCAAAAGUUUUCUAUGAGAAAGAUGACUGAAGUAAAAGACUUCUCCCCUGUGAACCUGCAAGGAGAUACAUGUGAUUGGACUCCCUGUGAGAGCUUGUGAGUACUUUCAGCCACUAUUUUCCAAGCCUGUUGUGACUGCAUUUUAGCACUUGAAACAUUUCAGGGUGUAUUACAAAACCAGGACUGGAAAGCAGCUAAUAAUGGACAAAUUAUGAUUGAUUCUGUUUUAAAUUUAAAGGGCAGAUGUCCUAGCAGAGAGCAGCUUACCUGCCUUCCAGUGCAGUCAUGGAAGCAGCUACUCAAGUCAUCUUCUCUUUUGUAGGAUUUGUCAUGAUCUUCAACAGUGAAGUAUUCGUCCAUUUCAAACAAAAAUUUUGUAUAAAUUAUAGCUUGACUAUACUUCAGCUAGACUGGUCCACAGCUACUGCCCCCUGAAACUUGAAAUGGAGGUAAUUAAUUUUUCCUUAUUGCUGCAUGGUUUUGAGGAAUUUUUGUUAGCACCAUCCCAACUGGUUCAGUUUUCUUCUGUCUUGAGAGAUCACUAAAGAGUAAGUACUAAGAUUAAGCUAAAUGUAUAACAAAAAAUGCUUUCUUUAGGAUAGUGUCAUAGUACAAAAUGUCUAAAACAAGGCUGUGCCGUUAUCUGCAUGUUCUAAAGAUGAAGGCAGAAAUGAGUAGAAACAAGUUUCUUCUUUUGGAAUAAUGUGUUUGAUUUUCAGUAAUAAACCUUGAUAUAUCUGGUUUGCAAAGGGUGCAAGGACUUUCCUGAAAGUUCUGAUUCUUUCGAAAUAAUUGUAAAAGGAUCUCUUCCCUCAACAUUUGUUCUAUGACACCUAGGUUGGGCCUUCUGGAAACAUCUAUGUCCAUUUAUCCUAGAUCUGUUUUCCAUCUGAUAUAGGAUUCAUCAUGUUCUCCCCAUUUUCAUGCCACUGGUGCCACUUGAAUUCUAGGGCUUUUGAAAUUCUGAAGCUCUGUGCACAAUAGUAAAAAAAGGAUUUGGAAGCAGGAGCACUCUGUAAAGGCUCUUCACAGUGGACCGGUUCGCCAGUCACAAGGAUGUUUCUUCAUUGCUUGUAGGGUUAGAUUCCUUUGCUAGGGAGAGCUCCUGUGCUGCCUUACAUCAUUUCAUCAGAGCCUCUGGAGCACACUUUACAAGUGUGGUCAGUGAGACUUCACACAAGUUGUGUAUCCUGUUUGCUUCAAGUGUUUUCUGAAGCAGAUCUUUUCUAUGUCAGUCAUUUUGUUGGAGUAUAUUUUGAGUCAGUCCAAAUGAAUAGCUGUGCUUAUAAUUCUACUGCAAGCGAUAUACAUUAAUGUCAGAACAUGAAAACAGAAUGCAAGCACGUUCCAAAUAAUUAAUAAUUCUCAAGAGUGCCUGACAUGCAGCCCUGAAUUAGAAGUGACAUAUUUGCUGUUAUGGUGCUGAAGGACAUUUUGUCUUUGGACAAAGCCUUAGACAAGCCACAGUCAAAGAUGAUAGUCAUUUACAGAUCUGUUAUUCAGUUGUUUCUAUGUUUUUAUUAAGACUCCGUUAAGAAUUAUGAGUGAUGCUCUCACCAUAAAUUUGGCUUAUCUGUAGAAGACUCGGGAAAGGUUGAAUCCUGAAUUCUGAGAGGUGUCUGCUGGUUCUGCUGCUGUUCCCUUAGGUAUUGCAACGCUUUCUGUUCAUCAUUAAAUGUAAAAACCUUUUUCUUCAGCAACUGUAAGUUUAGCUAAACAGCUUAAGGUAUUUACUACAGAUUAAAAGAAAUAUUAAUAUACCUAGAUAUUUUCAAUCCUGUCAUGUCUUCUAGCUCUCCUUCCUGAGAAAACUUAGUCUAAGUUUUGUAAAGGGUAUUUUUCAUUAAUUUGUUUAUUUUGAGGUUGGCCAACUAUGCUGAGGGCCUUUUCUUGUUAGACUUUCCCUCCCUGGAGUGGAAAAAAAGAAAAAUCAGUUUUAAAUCAAUGUUAAGCCUGCUGGUAGGAAUGAUGGAUACAAAUGGCUGAUACAAAUGGCUUCCGCAUUCCACAACAAAAUCCUUCAAAAUGUCAUGUCCUGACAUACUGACAGUGCUCCCAGCCACCUGUGACAGUGAGCUGCAACAUCCUGGCUGUUCCCAGCAUGAGCCACAGCCCUUGUUGCAGGGUUCUCUCCAGCCAACACAGAAUCCAGGUGGAUGGAAGAUCACAAUGGCAAUUCCUAAAUGGGUCAUUUUAUAUUGACAAAAUACAUGCGGAGUAUGUGCUUAGAAGGACUUAUCAGAGAAGGGAUGCAAGUUUGACAGCUACAUUAAAUGACAGACUAAUUCACCAGCAUUAACAUCUUCAAAAAGCAAGUACUCCCACUGACACACCUUUCUCUAAAUAAUGUGAUAGCGUUCCCAGGGUAGCUGUGUUUGACAAAGAGAGAUCCUGCAGUGUGUAAAUAAAUACAAAAGUAUUUUGGUUGCAACUACAAACACAAUAGCUGUAAAUGGAAUUCAUCAGCCUCAGUGGGAGUACUGCUGUGCUGUUAUGCAUGAAAUUUGGAAGGUAUCAUAGAUGAAACUCUAACCUAGACUGCUUUUUUACUUACCUAAUCAUAUCACAAUUGCUGCUAUUGUAAAUGUACAUGAAUAUACAAAGAGCACUAAUAAUUUUUAUGAUCAAACCCCCACGUUCUUUUUUAUACUUAUAUUAAUGUGUAUUCUGUAAACAACCUAAUAAUUACAACUUUGUACGUGUAUCAUUUUGUAGCAUUUGUUACUACAAAAGAUGACCAAACCCCAUACUUAAGUGCCUUGCAUAUUUUAAACACCUCAGCGCAUUAAAUGGGAGAAAAAAAGUAAAACAUUAAAUCACAACUGCCCACAGAGUUGUGUGUAGAUUGUACUCCUUUUAACAAAGCUUUGGGUCAUUAUUAGGGUUUUCUUCAGUUGAAAUACAUAUAUCCGCUAGUUGUGGAACUAACUGAAAGCUGCCAACUUCUGAAUUUUUUAGAGCAUGCAUGUCUUUUAUUUGUAAUAUAUUGAAAUUUCUCUCAAAUGCAUUAUUUCAAGUGAGCUUUGAUUUAUAUAUUCAAAUCCAUUUCAACAGAAAUCUCAAUAUCUGUCAGAAAUGCUUAAAUUUUUUUUAAAAACUGAUGCUUAUGUAUUUGGAGAUUGACACUGUUUUCAGAUUGUCACUGCAGUACUUUUCAUUAGAGCCAUAAAAACUUCAUUGCAUCCAGAGAGUCUUUACCAAGCAUGGCCUUCUAGCAUACAAAUGAACUUGGUAAUACUGUAUUAAGAAAAACUACUUUGAGGCUUUCAUCACUUCAUACCAUUAUACGUUAACGUUUUCUGACCAUGAAGCUGCAAUGUUUCUUCAUGUUAACAAAACCAAAGUUUUGUUUGAAGUAACUAGUAUUUUGUAUAAAUAUCUGUACAGAUAACAGACUCUGCAUUUGUACUAUAGAUUAUGUGGAUUUUGUUUUAUAAUAAAUAUUAUAAAAUAUU